UUUAAAUGUGUGUACAACUUUCGUAAGUUUCUUAAAGUCUUGCAACGCAAGAUACUUUAUUUUCGUUGUUAGAAAUACUGUAACAUUGUCGUUAGAAAGCCAGUGAGAAAUGAUAGCGUUAACUAACAUCUAUGAGAAUCUACAAUGAAACCUCCGAAGAUAUAUUUUCGUUUCCCUAAAUAUCCAUGUACCUAUAUCCGCGUACGAUUCAUUCACGCUUGGUCUCUCUGCCUCCUCCGCCACGAGUCGUCACUCCGGUUACACUCCGGUUGUGUGCUCGACCGACGGCACGUUAGUCUUAUCAGCAAAGAUUUGACACUUGACCCUUGACGCUGACCUAAGUAUUGGCGGGUAAAUCGCGAGCAUUCCGCGGGAUCGGCAGUCCCGCGUUGAUCAUCGCGCGCUUAAUUAUACUGGUGCCGAAUUCCGUCGUCUGGCAGCCGUCGAUCACGUGCAGCAUCAUCCGCAUACGCGAUCGCAUCCCCCCGCGUUACGCGAAAGUCGCCGAUACCCGACUACGGCGCGUCCGACCGCGACGUAGAAGGUGACCGAUAAACUCGCCUCUCCUUUUUUUCUGCCCCAUUUUUUUUGCGUCUCGCCGCGAUACGAGAUUUUUUCUCGGCUGUCGAACCGAUGUGUACGACCAGCGUACGCGAUAAUCCCAGUCAUCCCAGUUUAAGAAAACAGAUUGAGGCCACGCACGUGGAGAAUACGCGCUCGCGAUUGUCGCAGGUGCACUCGCGCGAGGGUGAGACGGUGCGCGCUUUUUUCCGGAUUAUUCGCGAGAAUGAGAUAAUCGUGGCAGAAGUUCACAUUUCCACGAAGAAGCUGUGCUGAAUCAAUUAACAAUCGCAAUUUGUUGAAAGCCAAUCGACACUUUGCACCAACGCGACGGAACAAUAUUAAUCUUACAUUGCCAGUCAUAAUUAUUAAAAGUUGUAAAUUGCGGUUUACAAUUUGAAAUCUGGAGUUAGAGGAACGUCAAAAGUUAACGGACAAGAAUAAGUUGAAGUUAUAACGAAGCUGCGAGAUUACAUCAAAUGAUUGAUAAUUUGAUCUUCAACGACAUGGGGAACAUAAUGCAAUUAGGCGAGACCGAGGACGAGGAGAGCCUCAAGUGCAACGACACGGCUCACGCGGAACUGCCAAUCGAGUUGCGCUUCAACGACGGCCACUUGGUGACGAUAAUCACUUACAGCAUCCUCAUGGUGAUAUCGGCCAUUGGAAAUAUUUCCGUGCUGACCAUAAUAAAGAAACGAAAGUCCAAGUCCCGGAUACAGAACCUCGUGAUGCACCUGUCGAUCGCUGACCUCUUUGUGACAUUCCUGAUGAUGCCGUUCGAAAUCGGAUGGGCGAGCACAGUGUCCUGGGAGGCGGGAGACGCGAUGUGUCGCAUAAUGGCUUUCUUCCGGACGUUCGGCCUGUACCUUUCAUCCUUCGUAAUAGUCUGCAUAAGCAUAGACAGAUAUUACGCCGUGAUGCGACCCCUCCAGAUACUAGAUGUUCACAGGAAAGGGAAGAUACUGCUGAUGCUCGCGUGGAUUGGUUCCGUACUUUGUUCCCUGCCACAGAUGUUGGUGUUCCAUCUCGAGACGCAUCCGAAUCAUACCUGUUAUACCCAAUGUAUAACGUUCAAUAUCUUUCCAUCGUACAUGCACGAAGUUUCGUACAGUCUGUUCGGCAUGGUGGUGAUGUAUUGGUUCCCCCUGAUCGUAAUAUUCUACACUUAUACCAGUAUUUUCAUGGAGAUAUGCCGUAGAUCCAAGGAGAGGAACGAAGACAGAAUACGUCGUUCCUCGAGCGGUUUCUUAAGUCGAGCGCGAGUGCGCACUUUAAAAAUGACGAUAACCAUUAUCGCCGUUUUCCUUAUCUGCUGGAGUCCUUACUACGUGAUGAGCGUUUGGUACUGGAUCGAUCGACCGUCGGCCCUCGAAGUCGACCCACGCAUUCAGAGAGCUCUUUUCUUCUUCGCGUGCACCAACUCCAGCGUGAAUCCCAUCAUCUACGGUAUCUUCAAUAUACGCCAAAGAAACAAGGCAAAGCUUCAGUCCUAUCCUCUUCUAAGGCCCAUCAAUACAACCAUGGAACUUCCGGUCGUCGCGUAUGCCAGAGAUUCCAUUUUCACCGUUUUCAUAAUAGCCCUGCCGGUCCUCUUUAACCCUCCGACUUCAUGUAACAGACGUUUAUCGCAUGAUCGUAAUGGCGCCGAUGCGUACAGCCACCAUCGAGACCCGGGUCACGCCGCUGUCUCUAUCAGUCAAACUUCUCGAUUGACAAUGAACGCAACGUUCGCCGGCUCGAACAGAUGCGUCUAAACCGACAGCGUUGGUCCCGCAAAAUGUCCGUGUCCUUUUAUACGAAAAUCAUGUUUCGGCAUGUAUAAGUAUAACGCUAUUACGAACUGCGCCUUACGGUCGCAUCUACGGCGCCGGAUACCGUCCAAACGCGAAAACGCGGACCAGUGCUAUUAAAAAGUACCUGCCAGAUGCGUGAUGAGAUUAGGCAAGAUGAAAAAGCGCCUGUAAUUGAUCAAGUCGCGCUCGACGCGCCCGACGGCGAAGAGGAUUCUCUGACGAAAUUGCGCGACGAAGAUGAAAAAGAACGGAGAUUUUCCCGGGUGAACUCUGUGCACUCGUUCAUCUCUGUAUAGAUGUAUUUAUUUCGAAGUUAGAUAAGAAUCUUUAAGAAAAUUCUCUAGACUAAGUUAUUUUAUACGUAUUUGUUACGACAUAAGCAAACGUUGCAAAUGCAACGAACGUGCUUCGUUGGGUAUGUGUUCUUUCUUUUUUAUAUAUAUAUACUUUCGCGACACAAGGUUGUGCAAACAAGUUACGUAAGCUAUUUAUACACCGCUUAUGUUCCGUAUAUUUUUAUAAAAGGAAGAAAAAUAUAUUGAACAAAAUGCACGUGUUUGCGUUUCGCGCAAAUCUCUUUCGUUACUUAAAAACCUUUAAAGGAUAAGCUCGCGUGAUCAAUCUUGUUUCUAUCUAUAUGUUUUCUGUAUAAAUAAAAAGAUGAAAUAAUUGUAAUUUAUA